AUGAGAAAUUGUACUUUAUUUUUUAUUUUUGCUGUGUUUUUCAGUUAUUUAUUAUUAUGUUACAAUCGGAGAAAAAUAUAUGCAAUCAAAAUUGUUCUAAAUUAUAUUUAUGUCAAAGAAUGUUCAUUAAAAAAAUGGAGCCAGACUCCCAAGUCAGCCCAGCUGAAAAUGUGCACCAGGUCACUUCUGGGAAGUAAAUGUGCACCAGGUCACUUCUGGGAAGUAAAUGUGCACCAGGUCACUUCUGGGAAGUUAAUGUGCACCAGGUCACUUCUGGGAAGUAAAUGUGCACCAGGUCACUUCUGGGAAGUAAAUGUGCACCAGGUCACUUCUGGGAAGUAA